CAGCAAGAGUGAGCUGAUAAGAAUCUGGUCACUUGACGCUGCGCUCAGAGUUUCUACACUCACUCACUGCAACGCUCAUCUCACUGAUUUGAUCUCAGGGACAGUAGGAAUAAAUAAAAAAAAUGCCGAUCACAGCGGAAGAGAUUAAAAACAAACUUCAGUCUCCAGGGAAUGACCUUGUUUUCUUCGUUAAUGGAAAAAAGAUCACUGAGAAGAAUGCAGAGCCUGAGAAAACACUCUUGACAUAUCUAAGGAGAAACUUGGGUCUGACGGGAACCAAACUGGGAUGUGCUGAAGGAGGUUGUGGAGCUUGCACUGUAAUGGUGUCCAAAUAUCAUCCACAUCAACACCGGAUUAUUCACUAUGCGGUUAAUGCCUGUCUGGCUCCUCUAUGCUCUUUGCAUCACUGUGCAGUAACAACCGUGGAGGGCAUCGGCAGCGUGGCGAGCAAACUCCAUCCUGUACAGGAGCGUAUUGCAAAGGCUCAUGGGUCACAGUGUGGGUUCUGCACUCCAGGAAUUGUGAUGUCUAUGUAUGCUCUUUUGAGAAACAACCCUCAACCCAGCAUGCAUGAUGUUCAGGAGGCUUUUCAAGGUAAUUUAUGUCGCUGUACUGGGUACAGACCUAUUCUAGAAGGCUACAGAUCAUUUACAAAGGAUGGGGGAUGCUGUGGUGGAAAAGCACAAAGUAAUGGCUGCUGCAUGACUAAUGAACACACACAAGAGCAUGUCAAUGACAGUUCAACACUUCCUGCUCAGAAACUGUAUGACCAAUCAGAGUUUAUGCCACUGGACCCGACACAAGAGAUUAUUUUCCCGCCUGAGCUCAUGAGUUUAAGUAAACAGCCCCAGAGAGAGCUGAGGUUUGCUGGGGAACGAGUGCUUUGGAUUCAACCCUGCUCCCUUGAAGAACUCUUGGAACUGAAGGCGACUUAUCCAAACGCUAAACUAGUGGUUGGGAACACAGAAGUUGGUAUUGAGAUGAAGUUCAAAAACCUUCUUUAUCCUGUGAUUCUGGCCCCAGCUUACAUUCCUGAACUGAACAUCAUCCAAAACACACAGGAUGGCAUUCAGGUUGGUGCAUCAGUGACGUUGACUGUGCUGGGGGACGUGUUGCGUGCAGCGGUGAAGAAGCUGCCCGCUCAUCAGACAGAGGUCUUUAAGGCUGUUCUUGAGCAGCUGCGUUGGUUUGCAGGACAGCAGAUCCGAAAUGUUGCGGCUGUUGGUGGCAAUAUUAUGACAGCGAGUCCCAUUUCAGACCUCAAUCCUGUGUUUAUGGCAGCCAGCUGCAAGCUAACAGUGAUGUCCAAAGGGGAGAAACGUGUUAUUGAAAUGGAUGGCAAGUUCUUCCCUGGUUAUAGAAAGACCAUUUUGAAGCCAGAAGAGAUUCUGUUGUCCAUUGAGAUUCCAUACACAAGAAAGGGCCAGUACUUCUCAGCUUUCAAACAGUCUCCUCGCAAAGAGGAUGACAUUGCCAUAGUCACAUGUGGGAUGAAUGUAUUCUUCAAGGAGCAAUCCAAUAUAGUGCAGAGUAUCCGGAUAAGCUAUGGAGGAAUGGCCCCUGUUACUGUCCUUGCCACGGCCACAUGCAACAGGUUACUCAACAGGCAAUGGAAUGAGGAGCUCCUAGAGGAAGCCUGCACGUCAUUGGCUGAGGAGAUGAGCCUGUCUCCUUCAGCUCCUGGUGGGAUGGUGACAUACAGACGCACACUGACUAUCAGCCUCUUCUACAAGUUCUUCCUCAAUGUCCAGCACAAACUGUCUCUGGACCUGCUGAAGGAGGGUGUGACUGUGGAAGACGUCCGACCCGAAUAUACUUCUGCUACUGAGCUCUUUCAGUUGGACUCACCAUCCAGUGUACAGCUCUACCAGGCAGUUCCCCCUGGUUAUAGUGAUGAUGUGGUGGGGCAACCGAUCAUGCAUCUCUCUGCGCUAAAGCAGGCCACAGGAGAAGCGAUCUACUGUGACGACAUCCCCUGUUAUGAAAAUGAGCUCCAUUUGGCUUUGGUCACCAGUACUAAAGCUCACGCACUCAUAAAAUCCAUUGAUACCUCCGAUGCUAUGGCAGUUCCUGGAGUGGUUGCAUUUAUCUCUGCUAAAGACAUACCCGGAAGUAACAUGACUGGACCUGUUGUUUAUGACGAGACCGUUUUUGCAGAUGAUAAGGUCACAUGUGUUGGACAUAUAGUGGGGGCCAUUGUGGCAGACACACAGGCCCAUGCUCAGAGAGCAGCCAAAGCUGUGAAGAUCAGCUAUGAGGAACUGCAGCCUGUGAUUGUCACCAUUCAGGAUGCUAUUGCCAACAAGUCCUUCUUUCAGCCAGUGAGAAGUAUAGAGAGAGGAGAUGUUGCACAAGGAUUCAAAGACUCUGAUCAAAUCCUGCACGGUGAGAUGCACAUUGGAGGGCAGGAACAGUUUUAUCUGGAGACUAACUGCACACUUGCUGUCCCUCGUGGAGAGGAUGGAGAAAUGGAGCUGUUUGUGUCCACACAGUCGGCCUCCAAGACUCAAGCGCUAGUGGCUAAAGCUCUGGGAGUGUCUGCCAACCGCGUGGUGUGCCGUGUAAAGAGGAUGGGAGGAGGAUUUGGAGGGAAAGAGAGUCGGAGCACCAUUCUGUCCACUGUGGUUGCUGUUGCCGCACAUACGGUCAAACGGCCAGUUCGCUGCAUGCUAGAUCGCGAUGAGGACAUGCUGGUCACAGGUGGUCGGCAUCCAUUCUUUGGACAUUACAAGGUUGGGUACAUGAACAAUGGAAGAGUGAUGGCACUUGAAGUGACCCUCUACAGCAACGCAGGCAAUUCUCUGGACCUGUCAUUGUCAAUCCUGGAGAGGGCACUGUUCCACAUGGAUAACUCCUACAACAUUCCUAACAUCCGUGGCACAGGCUACGUCUGUAAAACCAACUUGCCGUCUAACUCAGCGUUCAGAGGCUUUGGUGGGCCGCAGGGCAUGAUGAUCGCAGAGAGCUGGAUGAGUGAUGUGGCUUUGAGCUGUGGUCUGCCUGCUGAAGAGGUGAGGAGGAUGAACAUGUACAAGGAGGGGGAUUUCACUCCCUUCAGUCAACGUCUGGACAAUUUCACCAUCGAUCGCUGUUGGGAGGAAUGCAUGCAGAUCUCAGACUUCAACAAGCGCAAGGAUGCAGUGGAACAAUACAACAGGCAGCAUCGUUGGACCAAAAGAGGAUUAUCUAUCAUUCCCACCAAGUUUGGAAUCAGCUUCACUGCUGUCUUCCUCAACCAGGCAGGAGCAUUGGUACUUGUGUACUCAGAUGGUUCGGUUUUACUAACUCAUGGUGGAACAGAGAUGGGACAAGGCCUGCACACUAAAAUGGUCCAGGUGGCCAGUAAAACUCUUGGAAUCCCCUGCUCAAAGAUUCACAUCACAGAGACCAGCACUAACACAGUUCCUAACACCAGCCCUACAGCCGCCUCCGCCUCCUCAGAUCUUAACGGCAUGGCCAUCUAUAAUGCUUGCCAGACAUUACUACAGAGACUUCAGCCUUACAAAGACAAAAACCCCAAAGGCUGCUGGGAGGAUUGGGUGAAAGCAGCGUAUUUCGACAGAGUUCAUUUGUCUGCCAAUGGAUUUUACAAGACUCCAGAUCUUGGCUAUGAUUUUGAAACAAAUUCCGGAAGGCCAUUUAACUACUUCAGUUAUGGCGUGGCCGUCUCAGAAGUGGAGAUAGACUGUCUAACUGGCAGUCACAAGAAUCUUCAUACAUCCAUAGUCAUGGAUGUGGGCAAGAGUUUAAAUCCAGCAUUGGACAUUGGACAGGUGGAGGGUGGGUUCAUGCAAGGCUUAGGUCUGUUCACGCUGGAGGAACUACGCUACUCUCCUGAUGGUUACUUGUAUACACGUGGACCUGGGAUGUAUAAGAUUCCCGCUUUUGGGGAUAUUCCCAUUGAAUUAAAGGUCUCGCUGCUCAGAGACGCUCCUAAUGAAAAGGCCAUCUUCUCCUCAAAGGCUGUGGGCGAGCCUCCUCUCUUUCUGGCAGCCUCAGUGUUUUAUGCCAUUAAAGAUGCCAUCACGGCUGCCAGGGCUGAGUCCAAUCUGACUGGACCCUUCAGACUGGACAGCCCCGCCACGCCUGAACGCAUACGAAAUGCCUGUGAAGACAAGUUUACUAAACUGUGUCCUCCUGCGGAUCCUGGCACAUUUAUUCCAUGGGCAGUGCAGGUGUAAGACCCAGCAAAUCAAAAUGGACUGUUUACUUUCUUAAUGCACAUUCCUUGCCUCGCGUAUGAUUUAUCUGUGCGUGUUAUUCCAAAGGAAAAAAAAAGUAUGUUGUUGUAAUCUUUAAUCAAAAUUCUGCUGGUCAGCACAGGCUAUUGGAUAAUGUAAGCUAAAAGCCGAAUAUAUAUAUAUAUAUAUAUAUAUAUAUAUAUAUAUAUAUAUAUAUAUUACAUAUUUGACCCACAAGCCACUUAAUUCCUGAUGGGUAAAAUCAAGUCCUGGUGCACAUUUUUUUAGACAUUCUGUUUCACUCAGAAAUAUGUUUAUGACAGUAAAAUGGAUUGCAGGUGGAAAUUAACAUUGACUUUAAAAGUCCUCAGAGUUUAAAAUGCACAACAGCAAAGGCCUUGAGAGAAGAACAUUCAUUACCUAAGUAAUAGAAAUUCUGAGAAUUUUGUUGUGAGCAGA